GCUAAGAUAAGACACCUGAACUGUCAUUGUGAUAUAUUAUGUUAAACAAUAAACAUAGUAUAAAGAUUUUUGAUGUCAUAAGAAAAUACCAGGUUGGAUUUUUCAAAUUAGCCAAUUGUUAUGAGAUCCUUGAGGUACAAUAUAAUAUACAUUGUGGGUGCAUUGCAGCUCAUAUGGCUAAUACUAUUCUUCAGAAGACACAUUAACUAUUACUUCAAACACAGGAUACCUGAUUCUCAAAGUACAUUCAGUCACAGACAUUACGGUACACUUGAGUCAAAGGAACAAUGGAAAAUAGAUAUGAAAGAAACCAGAAGUAUAAUGAACAACAAUGUUCAUACGAUUGACCAAUGGGAAGAUGACCCUAAGGCUAAUGAUAACACAGAAAGCCGUUUCAUUGAAGAUGAUGGUAAAUCUGCCUUAAAGGCUAAUUUCAAAAUAGACAAACAAGAAUCAAAUUCAAAGGACACUGAUUUAAAAGGUAAAUCUAUUGAGUUUAACAAAGAUAUCAUUGUUUAUAACAGACUAGCUAAAUGUGGAAGUACGACCUUGAUGAAAACAGUUGAGAAAUUCAGCAAUGUCACAUACAAGAAUGACCACAAUAGGUCCACAGGUCACUUCAAAGAACCUGACAUAGUGGACAUGGUCCAAUCAUUAACAACUCCAGCUUUCUAUGUGAGGCACUGUAAGUUCAUUAACUUUACAGAAUAUGGUUUCAAACAGCCAUUAUUUAUACAGAUGAUCAGGGACCCCAUAAAAAGAGCCAUUUCACACUUCUACUAUACAAAAUGGCACUUUCAUUUAAUGCGAGAUGAUGCGACUCUCGAUGACUGUUUACAGAUACAGCUUCAACAGAAUACCAGCUUUAAUAACUGUAACGUUGUAGCCAACUUCUCGUGGCAUAGUUUUUGCAGCGCUUCAGUCCUCAAGGAAGAUAGGUGUAGUAUUGCCCAUGUGAAAACCAUCAUGGAGAAGUAUUACUUGUUCAUAGGAAUCAUGGAACACUAUGAGGAAUCCACUGAAGCAUUAUCUAAAUUACUGCCACAUUUAUUUCCAAGUAAUGUGACAAGUGAACCAAAGAACUCUGCUCUUAAAUCCACAAAGCAUGAGAACCCUGUGCCGUCUGCCACCACUCUAGAGCUCCUUAGACAAACAUUGGCUAGUGAAUACAUCGUGUAUGACUUUGCCAAACAACUGUUUUAUGAUAAGCUAAAGAAACUUGGCAUAUUUAUUAAUUCAAAAGACACUUGAUCAUGCUAGACAAGCUUCUAGAGUCUUUAUCUUGAUCUGACAAGGCAUAGAAAUAAUACAAUAUGACUUAAUUUUAAUAGAAAUGAUCGUUACUUCGUUGGACACUGUAUACCAGGUCACAAACUCAAGCAACUCACUUUUAUUCUCGUACUGUAUAAAUUACUAUUGUAGUAUUGUAUUGUCAUUUCUAUUCUAGUACUGUAUAAAAUACUAUUGUAGUAUUGUAUUGUCAUUUCUACUCUAGUACUGUAUAAAAUACUAUUGUAGUAUUGUAUUGUCAUUUCUAUUCUAGUACUG